AAACCAGGUAUUCGCCCCAACUUCCCCCUUCCAGUGCCUUCCAAAUCCCCCAUUCCGGGUCUCACAAGCACGACCAUCCUACGGAUUUGCUUUCACAUCAAUCACUUCCUAACCGAAGCCUCGCGGUGCCACCGGGUUAGCCAGGACGCGAUUUUCGAAUGGUAUGCCCGCGUGGCCUCCUCGUGGCGGGAGGAGCGGCCUGCCAGGAUCCAGCUUUUCCGGUUUGCGGACCUGUACCAACCCGAACGCGAUGAGAUGCAGUGUCUGGACGGUGCAUUAACGGGUUGGAAGCCUGGAGGCGAGAUUGAGCGGGACGGACUGGGCAUGGAAAAGAGAGAGAUGAAAAUGUGUAGGUGUGUGUGUAGGGCUAAGAGGGAUGGUGGAACUCAUAUGGGAUGGACGGUGCAGGUUCACUGGAUCGGGGAAGUGAGUUGGGAUGAGGUGGAAAAGGUUAGAAAAGUUUUU